AUGGCCAACAUUCACACUCCCAUACCGAAUCUGAAGCUCAGCGAUGGCAAUAGCAUCCCGAUGCUCGGCUACGGUACCGGUACGGCCUGGUACAAAAGUGGCGAUGAAGGCAAAAUCGAUCAAGCUUGCAUAGACAGCGUCAAAAUGUCUCUCGGUCUCGGCUACUACCACCAAGACGGUGCGGAAGUCUACAAGACAGAGACGGAGUUGGGUGCAGGGCUUAAGCAAGCCAGUAUAGCUCGCGAGAAGCUCUUCGUCACGACGAAAGUCAUUAGCAACAUUUCCGAUAUUCCUAAUGCUCUGAGGACGAGUCUCAAAAAGCUGGGCCUCAGCUACGUCGAUCUAUACCUCAUCCACUCGCCCUUCUUCAGCGAGGACAAAGCCGAACACCAACAGAAAUGGAAGCAGAUGGAACAGCUCAAGGACGAAGGUCUCACCAAGUCCAUUGGACUCAGCAACUACCUCCCAGCACAGAUGGACUGGAUCCUCGAAGGGGCCAAAUACCCGCCUGUCAUCAACCAAAUUGAAUUCCAUCCUUAUCUGCAACAUGAGGGUAUCCUUGAAUACCACAAGAAGCACAACGUCGCCACAGAAGCCUACGCAUCCCUCACGCCCGUGACAAAAGCCUCUGGCGGACCCAUCGACGACAUCCUCGCCGCUCUGUCAAAGAAAUACGCCGUAGGCCCCAGUGAGAUCCUGCUUCGAUGGUGUAUCGAUCAAGAUGUCGUUCCCAUCACUACCUCUGGCAAAGAACAACGUCUGAGCGACUAUCUACGAGCCAUGACGUUCAAAUUGACGCCCAAGGAGAUUCAGCAGAUCAACGAGGCUGGCAAGCAGAAGCAUUUCCGCGGUUUUUGGACGCACAAGUACGAUGAGAAGGACCACAGAUGA